AUGAGUAUGACCAGUCCAGAGUACAGUAUGGAUGCGAUAGGUCAGCCCAUAGCUGCGAAAGAAGAAGAGCAGCCGCAGAUGCUUCCAUAUCACGAUAUGACUCGGUCGAAGGCACCGACGACUACCACAUUCAACUUCCCUUACCCACACUUCGCUCUGUUAUACAUCAACCGCAAUGGAGAACUCGGCGUGGAGGCUUCGUCUUCUAUCGCGAGUUAUGAGAAAACUAUCUUCACGCACGACGUCAAGGAAAGGUUUCUCAAAUCGGCCACGGUCGGAUGGCAGUCUGAUUUGCAAAGCUAUCACGCCAACUCCGUGAGUCACAUGGACGGCGAUGUCAAACCCUUUUUGUCCAAUACUCCCUUCACUUUACAACAACAACACCAUAACCACCACCAUAAUCAGGCAGGCUGGUAUCAGCCUGAGCUCAUUCCUUGCGAAUGGCAGUCACUGCAGAACAAGCGUCAUAGGCGGAACCUUAGGCGCGUGAGCUCCGAUGUCCGUCGUGAUUCGGACUCGGAUUCUCCUGGCGCAACGAUCAGGUGGACGGCACUUCGACUUGGGCAAAAGAAUCUUUUAAGGACUUACUAUGAAAAAGCAUUUGAGAACUUCCAACAGCUCAACUGCAGAGCAAUUGCAAAGGCCUUCGUCAAACUAGUCGAGCCGCGCAAGCAAGUCAACCACCCAUACAAUGGACGAAAGACUACCGCAGGAUCGUCUCAGCGAGUAGAUCCAGAAUUGACGAAGCCAAAAUGGUGGCCGACAGGUGUCACACAUAGGGAGCCCGAUCAUCUCCUGAAAGCUGAACGAAUUCGUCUCCUUGUACACAUUUUGUGCGAAUUGAAAGAUAGUCAUGGAAUAACAGCAGAUAAACUCAAAGAUGCCGGACAAGAUGUACGGCGACAGAUCAUGCCGGCAGAGCGGUUACGUGUAUUGGAUGAGAUUUACUAUGUUCGAGAGAUGGAAGAGCUCUACCUAGACGGGAAAAUCAGUAUGACUCCCUUGACAUACCUCACUACUAGGAGAUUCGGUAGGACUAACCACUGA